AUGGAUCCUGUAUUGUACAUUGCUGUCGAAUCCGGCAACAUUGAUGUUCUAAUGCACAACAAGGACAAAAUUGGGGUUGAAGUGACUCCAAACCAAAAUACUGUCUUGCAUAUUGCAUCCCAAUUAGGCAAAACAGAAUGUGUGCAAAAGAUCCUGUCAGUGCAUCCAUUGCUAUUACGUCGCGUGAAUUCAAGUGGCAAGUCUGCAUUUCACCUUGCAGCAAAGAAUGGACACUACGACGUAGUUCUAGAACUUGCCAGUUGUGCAACAUUACUUGAUGCAUCAGAGCUUGAAAGUGGAGUUGGCGCAGUCAAGGAGAUGCUAAGGUUGACAAAUGAGGAUGAAGAAACAGCCUUGCACGAAGAUGUUCGAUAUAAUCGGUUUGAUAUAGUUGAUUUUUUAACAAAGGAAGAUCCAGAAUAUUUAUAUGCUACCAAUAAUGAUGGGGAGACUCCACUUUACGUUCCAGAAGGGGGAUUUCAUGAGUUUGUUGAGGUGAUCUUGAAAACAUGCAAAUCACCAUCUUAUAGUGGCCCAGGUGAUAGAACAACAUUACAUGGGGUAGUAAUCUUCAAGAACGAAGGUAUAAAAGAAUUAGUGGAUUGGAACAAAUCUCUAGUUCAGAAAACAGAUGAAAAUGGGCAGAAAAAGUCAAAUUACACACUCCUGAUUGUUGGGAAAUUGUGA